GAAGGAUCGAGGAUGGAGCAGGAAGGGAGGGAGCGGAGGAUGGGAAUCUGAGAAGAGGAAGGGCUGCUGGGUCUUAUUGGGAUGUUUGAUCAACAGCAGGAGUCAAGGACUGCGGUUCUGCACGGCAGUGUGUUGCCAUUCUCGGAGCUCAGCAAUCGGCUGCAUUUUGGCUUGUCCAGGUUCAACCUGAAGUCGGAUGACUUCGGGGCCUGCGCGGCCCUGUGGACACAAAUUCUCAAUGGUGUCACAUAGCGGGAGCAGGAACAUCGAAGACAGCAUGAAUCUGACCAUUCAGAAUAGGAGGAAUUGCAUUGUAUCUACGUUGUGCCAAGAUUGUCAAUCCUGGAAUUUGAUCUCGCCAACCUAUUAUUCUUAGCAACGGAGGAUGGAAGAAAGUCAGGAACUGGCAUUUAUUUAAAUAUCUGAACUUCAGAGUGGAUUGCUUGCUAUGGUGAUGGCACACAGUCUCUGUUACAACUCAUUGGCACCUUCUGGCAGACAGCUGUGUCAGACAUCUGAACUGGAAGUAUAUGGGAGAAAUACAUCGCAUAUGGCAGCGCACAUCCAGAAUGCAAAGCAGCAGUCAGAUUGUUUCAUAUCAGAGCAUUGUGAUCCCAAUUUACAACUGAAUGGAAGUGGAUUUCGGCAAGCAGAAGGUAUAAAUGAAAAUAUGGAUAUUACUGUGGAGACUCCAGUAUGUAAUCCUUUAAAUGGAACGAGAACUACUGCAAAUGAACUUAAGCACAUGCCUAUGAGGAAUGAGUUUUUUUCCAGGAGGAAGCAUAAGCGGGAGCAUGAGGAAGAUGAAGCUCCUGCUCAAAAAAAACGUUUAACGGAAAAGAUGCUGGAUUGCCUGGUAAUAUCAGGAAACAUUUCAUAUCCCUCUUGGCCUUACAUUCCAUAUCCCCAAGGAAAAGGGGUACCUGAUGUUGCCUCCACUUCUUGGCAGGAUGAAUCUACCUCUCAGGAAUCUGUUGAGAACAAAGAGGGUUGCAUGGAGGUGAAAACUGAUCCAAACCAAAUCGGACUGGAAAAGCUGAAGGAAAUUGAAAAUCGGCUGGUUACAAGGGAUGAUCCAGAAACUGACGCAGUUGAGAUUUCAGAUAUGCCAGUGCUGGUCUUGUCUGAUUCUCUCCGAGAAGAACUGAAACAUGGUUUGGAAGAAGUUUUGCCUCGUACAAUAAUGGAAUCCCUGAAUCGUCCAUGCAUGGAACUUGUUCUUUGGAGACCCCCAUGUGAACCUCUUUCAGAUAAACUUGCGGCAUUAACAGAGCAAAGGAAGUCCAAGCAUAGGGAGCUACAAUGUGAUCCUGAUGUAUACAAGAGCACAAAACUGGAUUCAUCCUUAAUGUGCGGUGAUAUGAAUCAAACCAACACACUUGAAGAGGACAUGGAGCUUUAGACACAGCUUGCAGCACAGAUCUGUGGGGUAAAAGCAUUGUAACUUGCAGAGAUUCUCCAUCAGCAGGGAAUGGAGUAUUUUGUUGAAGUUUUAAAAGUUUUAAGUGACAUUAAGGUUUUGAUGGCCCAACUGUUCUUGCAUAAACCAAACACUGAAACUAGUCAUUGCUGCAGUCUAUAUAGUGUCUGUACUGCACAUGGAUAUUCUUUAUAUAUUUUUAAAGUCUGUUCCUGUUGCACCCAGUUUAUCUUUGAUCUCUGAUCUGGGAUAAUCAGCCAUAGGCUGUCCAGUGUCAAAUAAAUACUUGUGGUUAGUUUUGAGAAAGUAAGUGCCGUAAUUUAUAAUGCUCUUGAAAUGCUAUUUGUUAUGUAAUACAUGAAGAGAUAGGGAACUAGUAGAAGCAUUCCAAGGAGUAUACAAAAGAAUUUUAUGCUAUAUGGAUGUUCAUUGAAGCAUUAUUUCACUCUUGGCUGGAAAAGUUUUUAAUACGAACUUUUGUUAUUGAGCUUAAGAUAAAGAAUAGCUUUUCUUGCACUAUAACAAAUGAAGAGAAAACUAAAUAGCUGGGGAAUUGAAUUAAAAAAAGGAAACUAAAUCUUGUACUUAAAAUCUCUUCUUGUUACUUGUACUUGCUUUGGGGAGGAAAAAAACUAAAAUGCCUGAUACUUAAGGUAGCAAUGCUGUGGGAGUAUUGAGCCUGAGCUCAUAUACCCUAAUGUAGUGUUAGCAGACAAUGAGGAAUUGCUCAUGGUGGAUCCUAUUUAUCUCUCUAUUUUUAAAGGUUCUGAUCUUUGUAGAAAGUUGCGGUCCUUUCUGAGGUGUCAUACGUGUAUUUUGCAUUUUUUGUAAAGCUUUUUGGGGUUCUUGGAAUGGUCUUGGAAAAAAUUUUGCUCUUGAAAUUUUUCAUUGGAUCAUACCACCCUUGCCCAUCCUGCAUUUCUUCUCACUCUUACGCCCUUUCUUCUUCCUCUUCUUCUCCCUAUCAUUCUCCAGUAAUACAGGAAGAAGAAUAAACCUGUUUCAAAUAAUACCUCUCUGUAACAUUGGGGUAAAUUUUCUAAUCAUUUGCUAGCAGAUCCUCCUCAAAUUAUUAUCAAUUGUGCAUUCCUUACUGGAAGAUUGGCCACCAGCUGAGAACCUAUCGUCUGAUUGGUAUUCAGUCAAUCCAAUAAGGGCUUCAGCUGCACCUCUGAGUUUUCUACAGGUUUGCAGAACCUUCCAGUCUUUGUGCAUCACUUCUUAAAAAAAUUCUUAAGAUGGAUUUGAAAUGUUUGUUAUCUGAAGCCGAGUUGAGCUUUGGUUAUAGCUUUGGAUUCAGCAAUGAUAUCCUAGCUUUUGCAUUUUUGUUACAUUUUAAGCAUCCCUGUGUUUGCUUUCACUGAUUUCUCCCACACCCAAACAUUGCUUAUGGAAAAAGUGUAAACCAGAUUCACAACAAAUUAUCGAUCAACAUUCAAGCUGUUAGUACGGAGCUGACUUUGGUUGGCAUAAAGCAGGUCUGAGAUGCUGGGCUGUUUCAUUGGGUAUUGGAUACCUGUGAUCCUUGUGUAGACUUCUGUGACUGUCAAAGCCAUUCAAGAAUAGAGCUAGUGCUUGCAAAUCCAAUCAGCUGGAGACCAACCUGCCCUUGGUAGAAUCAUCCUGCUUAUCGUAAUAUAACUGGUCAGCUCAGGCAUGUGGAUGGAUGUUGAAAAUAGUUUGGCCGUUUUGUUUUGCUCUUUGUACUUGUUUUGGAGAUUUUUAAAAAUGACUGUGAGUAACCCAGGAUUUGGUUCCCUACAAAGUAUUGAUUCAGAUUAGUUUAUUUAUCAAAUGUACAUUGAAACUUGCGGUAAAAUGCAUCAUCUGCGUUAAUGACCAAUACAUCCUGAGGAUAUGUUGGGACAGCUAUAAGUGUCACCACUCAUCCUGGUGCCAACGUAGCAUGCCCACGAUGUGCAGAACUACAGAACAACAACAACAAUAGUACAAAUAAAACAAUAAUAAAACAAGCCUCCAACUUUCAGUCCCCAGCUUGGACAUACAGACAUUGGGCCUCCAACUUCUGGACGCGCUGUCCUAGGGGCUUCAACCAUUGGUCCUUGACUUCCAGACUCACUGGCUUCAGUCUUCAACCUUUGGUGUUAACCCCAAGCCUUACUAACUUAUGGACUUUAAACUCCAGGCCAUGAAUUCCAGACUCGCAAAGACCUCUAAUCCUUGGGGGGAGGGGGGGUUCUCGCCCUCGUCCACAGAGCCUGCCCAACCCUACAUCCGCCUGCCCAACCCUACAUCCGCCUGCAGGUAUACUAGCCUUCUACCAUGGAAUGCUCUGAUCUGGACACCAGCUCCUGCCCCUGACUCUCCAUAUAUUUCCCCUGAAAUCUAACUCCCCUCAUCAAUGGACCCAAAGCCAUCUUUACAAAUGAACAAAAACAACUAAGUCUGAGCCAUGACCUCAACAGAUAUCACAACUUGGCACCAUCUAUUGACCAGAGUAAUUUGAUUCACUCGUGCUGGGUAAUCUUGGCAAUACUUCAAAUCUUGAUGGGAAGAUGUUGCAUUUCCCUAAGCAGUAUAUAGUGAAACCUAUAAUCUGGUAUCCUUGGAAUUUAGGAGACAUCGACAGAUUUUUAAAACUGUUAAAUGUUCUAUUACUAAUAACAAUGUUAAUUCACAUUUAUAAUGCAGUGUUACAUCAAAUAAAAAAAAAAUUACAGGUAAGAUGAAAUGGAGUUCAGGAACCAGGGCCUCACUGAAUGGAGAGGAGGGUAAUUUCUGUCUCAGGAAUUAUGAAGCUCUAAACAAGCUGCUACUUGAGCAGCACCUGUUGGGAGUGGGAAGAUAUUGUCUAUGUUUUGGGUUGAAAUCCUGUAUCAGGACUAAGUGGAGAGGUGAGAUGGCCAGUAUAAAGAGGAGAAAGGGAGUGGUGAGGCAGGAGCCCGAAGUAUUUGAUGGAAUGAGGAGCAGUGAAUGAUGGGCCGGAUGAGCUAGGGGAGGGGUGGAGUUGAGAGAUGGAGGCAGGUUGGAUAAUGGAUUGCCUGCGUAGAUGCUGUGAGAAAGGGAAUAGAUAUCAGUGAAAGUGAAACUAAACCUGCAAGGUAUUAAUGGAGAGUUCCCUUUGAAAUGCUGGGAGUAGAGGGCAUGCUAUCUGGUGGUGGCAUUUAAUUCAAGGUGCCAAAAAUUAUAGCAGAUCAGUUGAAUGUAGAGGCUGCGGGAUGAGGAGGAGAGAAAACAUCCAUUUUGCAAAGUGUUUCAUGCACAAUUGUAGGAAAUGGAACAAAUAUGGCUGAGAGUCUGUCAGCUGUGGUGGAGGGUGCAAAGCAUCACUGGCCCAGCCUACUCGCCAUCAAGGAUAUACAUUACAUAUAUAUAUAUAUAUACACACACACACACACACACACACACACAGAGGAAGGUGCUGAAAAAGAGUCAGUAGCAUCAUGAAGGAUCCCACCUUGCUCAUGGACUGUUUUGCCCUACAUCCAUCAGGAAGAAGACCACGUUGCAUCCACACCGGAACUACCAGACUUAAAACUUUCCCCCAGCAGUAAGGCUGAUUGACAGCUUCUCUUAAUGACUCCAAUCACUACUUUAUUAUUUCUUGUCACCCUAUGUACGGCCUAGUGUCACUUUAUGGACGUACAAUCGAUCUAUGUAUAUAAGCUAUCUUCUGUAUUUAUUGUGUUUUUUGAAAUUGUGUUUUGUGUUUUGGAUCUGAAGUACCAAUUAUUUAGGUCUCUUUUACACUUGUGUACAGGAAAUGACAUUAAACAAUCUUGAAUGGACAAGGAGAAGAGUAAACUACUUAGAACCACUGGUCUGCAACGGUUCAUUGUCAUUCAAAUAGAUGCACUAGAGCUGAAAUUGAGGCCUUGUGAGAAGCAGGGUGGGAGGAGAUGUAUUUAAUAGCUGUGGGAGCCUCUGGACAGUAGUGGCUAUUAGUUGCUAAUGCUAUUCUUGAGAUGGGGGCAGAGGAGCCAAGAAAAUAAAGGAUCGCAGAUGAAUUUGGCACCAAAAUGAUGACAUUUUCAUGUUCUCCUACCCUACUUUCUGUAAAGAAUCAAUUCCAUUAAGAUGUGCACCUUUUUCCAACUAUGUAGUAAAUUUGUGUAAUAUUGACUCUGCAAUGCCCCUUCAAGUAGUCAAAGAUUCAAAGCACAUUUAUUAUCAAAGAAUGUAGAAAUGGGGUCGGGUAGAAAAAACAGACAUCCCACCUCUCCAGGAAGUUCUGGGAGUCUCCCGCAUAUUGAUAGUGGCUCCCUGAUGCCUGCAAAUUAUAUACAAUAUCCUGGAAUUCGAUUUUUUGAGAGCAAGAGAGAGAGCACGAGAAAGAGCGAGAGCGCGAGCGAGCACCAUGGCAGAGUGUUCCAAAAAAAGAAAAUAUAAAACGUACUUCACCCCAGACUACACUAAAGUGUACCCCGCCUAAUAGGGGUCAAAAAUAAUGACAGUGUUGCUCGCUGCACUGUUUGCAACAGUGACUUUUCUAUUGCCCAUGGUGGGUUAAGACUGUAAAAGACAUAUUGAGGUGAGUUUAACUGGUGUCAUUCGUUUAUUAGCAUAGCUAACGUUACUUAAACUAGCUGGCUAGCUGCUAAGGAGCUACUCUAUUGCAGAUAUCCCACACCUCUCCUGGAAGUUCCGGGAGUCUCCCGCAAAUUGAUGGUGCUACCUCCCUGAAAUGAGUUUUUGCAGGGUGGGAUGUCUGAAAAAAUAUUUUAAAAAGGAAAAAAAAUGUAUAAAUUAUACACCUUGAAAUUUGUCUACUUGUAGGCAGUCACAAAGCAAGAGACUCGAAUAAUUCAACUUUAAAAAAACAAAAGAGAGCAAAAACCACUGCAUAGAGAGAAAAAGAGGGGAAAAACAGAUCAUGCAAACAGUAAAAACAAGCCAACAGCAUUCCAAACCAGACCGAGUCCCAGGUCUGCUCCCGGAGCAGCUUGAGUAGACUCAUGCCAAGUCUCGGUCCCUAAUUUUUUUACACCAGCGGGGCAGAGCAGCCGGGUCAGUUCAGUCUUUUGGCAGCAAAGAAAGGAAUGAGCAUUCACGAGAGAAUGAGUGAAAUCAGCCCAACCGUCCCUUCCAUAUCUACACUCGAGCUUCCAGUCUACCUGCGCCGACAUUUAAAUUGUCCUAACACCAAAUAGUGCCGCAUUUUGUGACCCGAAUCCAGGCGCCCCAAUACACCUGGGCUGCCUUGCCCGAAGUCAUUCUUUACCUCACCAAAUUGGUUCAGUGCUGGGUGCGAUCCGACCUGGCACCCAGAUUAGGUGGACGGACAUCGAAACUUCGCAUUGACUCCUCGCCAAAAUGCUCACUCCAUCUCCAGAAGCGAUACUACCAACUCUGUCAAAGAACCAGCAGCCCAAACAUGAUGCACCUCGCGAUGCUCAGCACGGCUCAUUCCCCAAACCAACCUCGCCUCCACCUGCUUUCUCGCUGUCUGCAGCGAUAGUUCACCACAAUUUGUUUCACGAAAAAUGUUAAAUGUAGUGUUUUUAGUCGAUUUUCUUGCCUUAUAAUUUAUAGUAAGCUGUCACACAUCUUCGGUAGUGCCGUCUUAAACCGGAACCAAGUACAGACUUUAUCCCCUAUGUUUGAUUAGUGUAUUUAAUGUUUUCUUUCAAAUUUGUCUGUCUCAUCUGUUAAUGGCAUUUCUCAUCUGACUAGUUUACUAGCAAAUUCUGAAGUAGUAAUUAGUGUUACUGCUAUUUUACUGUUGCUGCCUGAAAUUUUAUUCUGUCUAUAGUUGGCUAAUUUCCCUCCCAGACUUUCUCCUUUCAUAAUAUUUUGCUACUAGAUGUUACUGAAUAAUUGUUCACUCUAAUCUACCAUAUUCUUGCUCAUGUAUUCCCUUGGUCCAUAAGAUUACCCUGAUUAAAAUAGUAACUACUUACGGGUUAUGAUAGAUACAGGAUUCCACAUUCUAUCCUUUCAGGGAGGAAAAAGUAGUUUCUAUAAAACUAUGCCCCAUAUCAAUGAUGUUGAUGUGCAUCUAUUUGUGGCUUGACUAAUUACUUCCAGUUUCUAGAAUUGAGAUUCCAGUUAUCUUUUUAAACUGCUGUGUUGGUCUUUGAAGGUGACCCUGUCAACCCCAUGAUCAAAUUGAAAUUAAUUAACAGAAAAAUGUCAGAAGCGGGUCCAUCAACUAGAAUAAAGAAAGUUGCAUGAGGUUUGAAAUGGCUGACUUUGGAUUUGGUACAUUUGUUAACUUUAGCCCACAAGUGAUCAUAAAUUGUUUCACUGUGGUCACAACAGAAUUUUAUUGCAGAUUUGUUUGCGAUCUCUCUGAAGUUUAUACGUGGCUACUAAUGUUCAAGGCUGUGUUGUGUAAGUUUUUCUUGGGUUGCAGCAGAAGUACGUGAAUAGAUGACCUGUACGAAUCAUUCAUCCUGUCAACAUGGCCCUUUUCAAAAAGUUUUAAAAAUACAUUGCCAAACUAUUAUCAAAGAUGCCAUUUCAGUUGACUUUAAAUUUGCUCUAAUGGAGUUACUGGAUUGGGUCAAGUGAAAUCAGAACUCGAAAAUACGAGUCUAUAUUUGUUUUAAAAAAAAGAUAUUAGCUGUCCAGAAUGUGCAUCAGUGGUGACUCUUAUUCACAGUGGAUAUGCCAGUGUAAACUGUGUCGAUCAGGCAGUGCCAAGUAAUAGAGUGCACUGUGUUCCACUUACUUCAUUCUACAUUGUGCAUUUUCUGGGAUUGAAUCUAUAAUAUACCCAAUAUACUUUCAUCUUCACAUUUGGUGUUUAUUUUGUGUGAUUAGCCUCACUGAAAUACAUUAGAAUUUGUACU